AUGGCGGCCCGCGUCCUGAAAUGCCUGUCAUGGACAGCUCUCCUUGGCACCAGAACCCUUGCAAUGAAGAUCCAGAGUCAGACUGACGAGACUCCCUUCUGCAAAGGCACGGAGUCUCCCCACGGCCACACGAGUUGUGACGAUUUGAGUCACAAUGACUGCGAAGGGCACUUCACCAAGCUCGAUAAAGGAGCAGGCUAUGGCCAGUGUUUUAAAAGCGGAGACAACUGUCUGGUCAAAGAGGUUUGCAAAAAGAAGAAAACAGUUUGGACUCUCGCCUUAAACGUGAACCCGUCGGAUGGACACAACUUCGGGUACGGUGGCCCCUGGGCGGAAGACACAGCUGUGGGAACAGAGGCAGAGGCUUUGGACAAAGACUUCAAAGACAAAGAUGUCAUGAAGACGAAAGCGAAGUAUCUUGCCAUCGCCCGGCACAUGGACAAGAAGUGUGAAGCAGUGAGGGUCUGGGAGCUCGCCGAACCCGAGAAGUCAUUGCUGGAGCUGUUUCAGGAGCACGAUCCUGGCAGGCGAGCCGCAAGCACUGGCGGCCCUGUCUUCGAGUACAUGAAGCCAGGCAUGAGCGGCAGCGACACGGACCCGAUCUUUGCCACCAAGGGUCGAUUAAUGGUCAAUUGGUGGUAUUCCAACAAUGGUGCACGCAUUGCCCUGGAGGAUGGCUCUCACUACAAUGGCGUCCUUCCAAAGGCGAGCCCCAAGAAUCGCAACGAUGACGAUGUGCAUGGCCUGGGAAACGAGUUUGGAGCGAGCACGAGUGCCGGAAAAGGAAGCGGUGCCUGGUGGCAUGAUGCAGCACAGAAGAUGACGGGCGACUGUCACGGUGGAACCUGCAAGAUGCUCGGCAAGGACCACGGCACAAACUUGAAGGAUGGUGACUACUACGGGAACUAUGCCAUCUAUCUGAGCUCGGACUCGUCGAAUUUCCCCUGUGAAGGUGCUUCGAUGUACUCGAUCAUGUGA